AUGCUUAAGUACGUGGAGGUAAAAAAGAGUGCGAGCAGCAUGGAAGCAGAGCAGUCGGAAGAAGAUUCAUGCUUGAACUUCUCGCUAAACGAAAUGAGAGAAAAAAUGGAGAAAACACAGAAAAAACAUUUCGGGUAUAAGAACUUAAAAGACUUUCAAGUAGAAGCUGUGCAUGCAAUAUUUCAUAAAAAAGAUAGUUUUAUAGUAAUGGCAACAGGUAUGGGUAAGUCCCUGUGCUAUCAAAUACCAUCUCUUAUGAGUGAAUGCAAAAAUAAAUUUACAGUCGUUAUAUCUCCACUAAUAUCUUUAAUGAAAGAUCAAGUAGACAAUUUAAAUAGGAAAAAAAUAUCAUCCAUAUUUUUAGGAAGUGGUCAAAAAAUGAGUAAUGAAAAAAUUUUAUGUGAAAUAAAACAUGGUGUAUAUAAAAUAGUAUAUUGUAGUCCAGAGCAUGCAUUAAAUAAUAAAAAUUUAUUUCUAUCGUUAAGGAAAAGAAUUUUACUAAUAGCAAUUGACGAAGUUCAUUGUAUGUCUGAGUGGGGUCAUGAUUUUAGACCAUCUUAUCGAAAAUUAAAUGAGUUAAGAACUAUUUUAAAAGAAAUACCAAUAAUGUGUCUAACUGCUACAUGUACAAAAGAAGUACAAACAGAUAUAUUAAAAAAUUUAAAUUUUAAUUUAUCGAAUUGUUUAAUAAAAAGAAGUAGUGUGAAUAAGAAAAAUUUAUUCUACUCUGUUAAGGAGAAAACAAACUUAUAUGAAGACUUGAAAGACAUUUUAGAUAUACCAUUAAAAAAGUGUUUAGAUAGAACUAAAAGAUUUAUAGACAAUUCAAAAAUAUGUCCAUAUAAUUCUACAUUAAUAUAUGUAAACUCAAAGAAAGAAUGUGAAAGUAUUCAUGAUUUCUUAAAAGAUAAAGGAUUAUUAGUCAAAAUGUACCAUGGAGAUUUGAGCAAUGAACAAAAGAAAGAUGCACAUGAAAAAUUUUUGAAGGACGAAAUUCAAAUUAUUGUAGCUACUGUAGCUUUUGGAAUGGGUAUCGAUAAACCAGAUAUACGAAGAAUUAUACAUUAUGGUUUUUCUAGGUCGUUAGAAGCAUAUGUUCAACAAGUAGGUAGAGCUGGUAGAGAUAACAGUAAUGCAGAAGCUCUUCUCUUUUUUCAUAUUAAUGAUGAAUCAAAAACAAAAAAUCUUAUCUUGAGAGAAAAUACAGCCAAUAAUUUAAUUGAAACAAAUUUUCAAAGAGUAGAACAUAUCAUUAGUAUGUUUACUGAAGCUUCUGACUAUGCUUAUUCCACUGCAUGUAGGAGAAGAAAAAUAUAUGAAUACUUUGAUGAAAAACCUUUAGAAACAUUCGAUAUACAAAUAUUUGACAGUGAAGAAAAUGAAGGAGUUUGCUAUUAUAUAAAGAAAUAUGAUAUCUAUCUUUGUGCAAAAUGUGAUAACUGUAUUUACUAUUUGAAAAAUAUUAGGCAAAAAGAGGAAAAAAAAAAAAAAAAAAAAUUAAAUUAUAUUGACGAAUUACAUUCUGAUAACUUGAGUGUAACCCUUUCCAGUGCCCCUAACAACUCACAUGAAAACUCAGUGAUGAUAAGAAAAAACAAUCAAAGGGAUACACUUCAUGAGGUUAGUAGCAGUACUAACAUGAAGGGGAACAAAAAAGAGGGAUGUCCUUCCCCACAAACCGCUUCUAACAUAUUAGAGGACGUAGUCGAUUUAACAAAGGAGUUAAAAGUUUUACUAAACUGUAUUUCUUCCUUAAGAGGAAAGACAGGAAUAUCGACUAUAUGCAAAAUAUUAGUGAAGAGUAAAGAGUCAAGUAUAAUUAAAAAAAACUAUCAUAAUAUAAAAGAAUAUGGAGAGGGUGCACAUAAAUCCACUACAUGGUGGUCUUCAUUUAUGAAAGUAGCUAGAAAUGAUAAAUACAUAAAAGAAACAUUAAAUUAUGGAAAAGACAUGAGUUAUCUAAGUAUCGGAUUAACAAACAAAGGAGAAAGGUUUAUGAAAAACGAGGAUAAGUAUUUCAUCAAUUUGCCCUUCUUCUUAGCAGAUUCAUAUAAAAAUGUAAAUAAAAAAAAUGAUAUAAAUAAUAAGAAUCCAAAGGGUCGUAAGGGAAAAAGGAGGGGAAAAUUUAACUACAUUCAUAAUGAGGAGAGCGAUACCACCUUUAGAAGAAAUGACUUUGUUGGAAUUCAUGAUUUUGCGCGUGAUGACCUUACAUCCAAGUUUGAGGGAUUCCUUUGGAGAGAUGAUAAGCAAAAUGAUAGUCGAGGUGGUGAACGAGUUGAAAGUCAACAUGACGAACGAAGUAACAGUCGGCAUGACGGAGAUUAUAUCUGCGGCCAUGUGCGUGGUGACGAUCGCGUGAAUGAGAAAACUAAGGAGCGCUUUGUUGUACAGGCAAACUUAGUGGUACCUAAGCACGAAAUGGCAGAAAAUAAGUACGACUACUUCAAUGCAGAUAAGAGUACUUUCCAUAAAGAGAAUUAUGAGUAUAAAGAGAAAAAACUGACAAAUGAAAAUAUUAACGAAUCAAUUAUGAAAAUUUUGUUGAGAACAAGAAUGUUAGAAGCAAGAAAACAAAACAUCCCUCCUUUUCAACUAAUGUCUGAUCAGCCAUUAAAAGAUAUAUGUAAUAAAAGAUUAACAGCAGUUCAUUUGAUAAGGAAACAUAUUGAUAACGUUUCCCCUAUUUGUCCAAAUAGCUUCUUAGAAAAAGUAGCAUCUGGAAUUAGGGGGUUUUGUCUCCUGCAUGAUUUGGAAACCAAUAUAAAUAUAAAUGAAGAUAUAAAUGAAAAUAUAAAUGAAGAUAUAAAUGAAGAUAUAAGUGUAAAUAUAAAUGGAAACAAAAUUAUGAACACAGCUAGCCAAAAUAUUACUUCAACUUCUUUCGAAAAACAGUCAAACAUUAAAAAAUUUUCCAAUUUAAUUUCGUCCUUUCAUUAUGAUAACAAUGCAAAUAUUAUAUCUGGCAAGGUGAGUAACACGCAUAGAGAUAGCAGAGAUAGAAGAGAUGAAAGAAAUGAGAAAAGUUUGCACAGUUUAACACAACAACAGGAAAAUAACUCAACUUUUUACAAUAAUAUGAACACAUGGAGUGGUUGUCACGAAAAAGAAGGAAGCAAUGUAAUCUAUUAUAACAGCAGGAAAGAAACGAAUGAUAGUACCAAGAGCAAUUAUUUUUUGGAUAAGAGUAGAGUUAACCAAACAAUCAUUCAGCACCCUACAACUAGUACUAAUAUUUACAGUGUGCAGGGUUAUGUUAGGUACAAAAAAGAUGAAGAGGAAAAUGUAGAACGAAAUGUGGAUCGACAAGAAAAUUUUUCCCAUCGAAACAACCAAAGUAGUAGCAGUACCAUUUUGGACAAGUACAACAAUCAGGAUCAUAGUAACAACAUGACACCAUGUUAUUCAUAUAACAGCAGGGAAGUACAUCAAAUGCACAGAGAGUUUAAUAAAACAACAUCCAACAGUGAUAUAAACAAAAAAAAUGAAAAUGAAAUAAUUACAGUACUGAAUAAAUUUUCCCUUAAAAGGGAUGUAGAUAGUGGGUAUAACCAAUUUAAUGAAGGCGUUAGAAAUAAUUUGAUUGCUUUUUUCGAUGAUGACUUCAAAUUUAUUAAUGAAGUUGAAGCAUUGGGCUUGAAUAGAAAAAGUGCGCAAUAUGCAGUAGAUGCAGGAGGGUCAACAACAGGAGUAGUAGCAGCAGGGGUGGUUGAUGUAGUAGGCGCUAAAACACAAGCACCACAGAGAUCAGUCGCAUUUGCACAAGAAGGUCCAAUAGACCUUUCAGCUUUCAUCUACCAGGAGGAAACGGGAGAGGCCAACAACCCACGACCAAAGCAGGACAUAAAUAAAAACAAAUCUAUAAGCUCGCCUCAGUAUGGUAAUACAACACAUUUAAAAACGAGUAGUGGUUUUCCCUUCACCACUAGUACUACUGCUGCUACUGCUUCUACUGCUGCUACUGCUUCUACUGCUGCUACUGCUGCUACUGCUGCUACUGCUGCUACUGCUGCUACUGCUGUUACUGCUGUUACUGCUGUUACUGCUGAUACUCAUACUACAACUAUGAUGCGUCAUAAAAAUAAUUUUAAUAUGAAUUUAAAUUCGAGGGAUGACAAUUUUACAAAUUCGUUUAGAACAAAUAGAAUCAUGGAGGAAAAGAGUAUUGACAUUAUAAACGAGAAAAAAAAAAAAUUUGAUCUAAUUGAUUCUUUUACUUACGACUAUAAAAAAAAUUAUGAACCGAACAGGCAUGUCCAUUCGACAAAUGUAGAGAAUGCAUCAUCAUUUAGGGACUUAAAAAAAAGAAAGUUUUAA